GGCGGAACGGUAACAAAUUUUAUCUUCUUGAAUGUACGUGAAUUUUUAUUUUCCGAAAUAAAGUGCUGCAAAUCACGCUGCCUGUCUGCAAUCGGUGAGCACUAUCGACGGAAACCGACGAGGAAAAUGCGAUUUUCCUCCCUCUUGCUAGCGCUACUGGCGCUGGCUUCGACGGGAACGGCAACGAAGCUGAAUUACCCACGCGUUCUGCUGCCAAUCUUCGAUCACAUUUCGGUCAACUUUACCCUCGAAGUGGUGGAGAAAGGCUGCUUCAAAUGGACUUCUUCCCGGUUGGAUCUGAUUCAGAUUAAACCCGCAUACGAUGAAACGAAUGAUGACUGCUCCUACCGGGUGGUGGUCACCGUGAUCAAUAAGGAAAAGCGCAGGAAUACGGCGAUUGUGCUGGCGGAGGAUUUGGUGACGGGGGAAGUGCUUAGGUGCGAUGUUAUUUUGGAUGUGAUUGACCAGUUGGGAGUGUUGACAACGACUCGGGAGUUGUAUUUGGAAGAGGCCCCGGAAACGUUCGAACUGUGGGCUUUGGAUGAUCAGGGUAAUGCAUUUACGACACUGGAAGGAAUCGAAUUUAACUGGCAGCUGGCGUCCCAUCGGGCGGUAGAUUUUCGUCACGGCGAUUCGGAGAGUGCCUGGAGUCAGGUAUUGCGGUUUUUGACCUUCUCCGAGAGUAAGUUCCAUGUGGUUCCGAAGGCGAUCGAGAGGCUGGAACAGGCCAAGGUUCAGGGCUAUAUGGUUCUGCUGGAGGGUAUCAAUACUGGUUCGGCAAGGGUAACGGCAAAGCUUCCGUAUGCAGAGUACAGUCACGUGUCGCCGGUUGAGGUUAACAUUAUGGUACUGGCCAACUUGAUUUUGGAUCCGAGCGACGUUUACAUCAUGACGGGAGACACGGUCAACUUCAAGGUGCUGCAGUUGAAGCAGGGAAAGCUGCACGAAAUCGCUUUGAACAAUCAGUAUUAUUUGGAAAUUGAAGACAGCGCGUUGGCCACCAUCAAGGGGAACGAGGCAAAGGGGUUGAAACUGGGAAGGACCUUUGUUCUGCUGAGAGACCGGAACGUACCUCACGACUUGACGAGCGACGAUCAAUCGGCCAAGGCACUGCUCCCGAAGGCAUCGAUUACGGUUGCCGAUCCGAAAAAGUUGACCCUCAAUCUGCUGCCCCACUACAACUGGGUGACGGUGGAAGGCGAGAAUCACGAGAUUGCAUUGGAUCUGUUCACGGCGGAUGACCAUCAGAUUACGCUGGGAUCGAAGUACCAAAUUCAGUCGAGCUUCGAUGAGGCACUGUACUAUCCGAUCCGGAGGACUAGCAAUGGAAGCCGCAUUGCUGGUGAGACGGUGGCAAGCGGAAGUAGACCCGUUACUGGACAGUUUGAUAAGCUAACCGCAAAAGCCGAACUGAUCGUGUACAAACGCUUAGCUAUCAACCCAACGGUGGUGAUCAUCCCGUACGACCCGGCCCUCCGCCGGCAGAAGCUCCAAUUUACGGCAUCCGGAGGCGACGGGUCCUAUCUGUGGUCCAGCUUGGACAGUUCCCUGGUAUCGGUGGCGCAAACCGGCUUAGCCGAAACCCGGCUCGAUCACCUAAAAGGUGGUGCUGUAGUAUCAUUCGGAGUUGAUGGCGAAACCAGUGCUAAAAUAACCCAAGUCCGUGUGGCACUGGCUCGCAACACCAAGAUUUCUGUGGCGGCACAGGUCGUGUUCCUGCCACCGAUCAAGCUGGAAGUGGUUCGGUACAAUUUCGAAACCGUGCUCAAGGACUACGUUCAGGUUCAUGUGGCGCUGUGGGCCAAGCACAACGGAACGAUGAAGGCGUUCACAUCCUGCGAAAGCUUGAACUUUGAACUGGAGUUUAGCAAUCAAAUCUUCCUGCUGGAUCCGGCGAAGAACAAUGCCAAGGACGUUCUGGCUGAUAAUGCGUGUCGGAUUUUGUACCUGAAGGCAAAUGCCGUGGGACAGACGAAUCUUAAAGUGACCUACCGAUACUUUGACAAAGUUCUCAGCGAUCAGGUUGGGUUGAAUGUAUUCGACCGACUGGCGAUCUUGAAUCCGAUUGAAAACGAGGUGGUUCUGCCGAUUGGUGCGUCUAGGAAUUUGAUCUAUCACAAUGGACCGGAGAGGGUCUUCAAUUCGGAAGCGGAGUUGCAGAAACGGGUGGUGUUCGAUCAGAAGAACUUGGAAGUGGUUCAAGUGGGCAGUGGUUUUUCCAAGGAUAAACAUAUUCUGACGGUGUUGUGUAAAAAGAUUGGCGAAUAUGAAUUGAAACUGGAGGUUUUCAACUCGCUGAACGCCGCCAACGUGGUCCCGUACGUAACGGAGUUUGUCACCAAGGUGUACUGCGUGAAACCACGCUUCGUCAAUCUGUUCACGACGGACAAAGUCAAGACAAGCUGUCCGCUGGAGCGGCGCCACUCGAUGAUGCACGUCAAAUCCGACAACGACCAGCUGCUCGUAGACAUCGAAGUUCUGGACGUGCACAACCGAAAACUGGCCAACAUCUCAUCCCUCUUGCUGGAAUGGCAAUUUACCCUGGCCGAUCGGGAUCAGUUUGUGGAUCAAGUAUCUUACGAACAGAAAACCGAAACCGAUCUGCUCGAGGGAGUAGAAAUCCCUAAACGGGACUUCAUUCUGACGACUCUCCCGGAGGUGGAAGCCAACUACAAAAUUAAGGCAACCGUCACCCAGUACCGAUCGGAAGUCCUCAAGAAGCACUCGGUCAAGCCGGAAUCACCUCACUUUGGCAUUCACAAAACCGCCGAUGGACCCCUCGUUAAGCCGGUCAUCGAGAACGAACUCAACUUCCUGUCGGUCAAUAAGACCCUGCUCCCAUACGAACAGCUAACCCUGUUCCUGUCCCGAAGCAACGUGGAACGGAUCAAGAUCGCUCAGGGAAGUGGAUUCUACGAUAUUCUAGCGUCGGACAGUGGAAUCGUGGCCGUCGAGUACGACGAUGCCACCCGGCAGUUGGUCAUCACACCGAAGCGGGUCGGGGAAGUGAAGCUUGAGGUGGCUGAUCAGUGUUUGAGUACGGAAUCGAGCUUCCUGUAUGUUUCGGUGGUUACAAUCGGUAGGAUUACUCUGCACGCCCCGGAUCGGGUGGAGAAGACCAAGACGAUCGAAGCGAUUGCAAGGGUCUACGACAGCAACGAUCGGCUGCUGCAGUUAGAGCGAGGUAACCUGGAGCUAUACGAGCUCAGUCAGGAGGCUUAUAAUCCAAACGUGCUGAGCGUGGCACUGGGCAGCCAAGGGCAGCUGGGAACCGGAGAGAUUCGAUACAUUGUAACCGGAAUGGAGCUGGGUGAGACGAAGAUUGUGGUCAAUUCUGGAUCAGGCGAGAAGCAGAUCUCGAGUUCGCCGGCUUCGGUUCAGGUCUUCCCACCGCUCACCCUGUUCCCGCGCAACGCCACCAUCGUAGUCGGCAGUAGCCUGCAGGUCUACUCCAAGGGAGGUCCCUCCCCGGACACCAACAUCGUCUACAGCGCCCAACAUCAAGACAUCAUCUCCAUCGAAUCGGGACUGGUGUCGGGCUUGAAAAUCGGUCAUUCCAAGGUCACCGGGCGCUGCGUUGGCGUAAACCCCAGCACCGGAGCGCAGAUCGUGUUCUCCGAAGACACGGUUCACAUUCACGUCAUCCCGCUGGAUGCCAUCGAGAUUAAAACGCCGUUGGGUCGGAUCCGCACCGGAGCUGUCAUGCCGGCACAUGUUUGGGGCGUUCCGAGCAUUUCGCCGCUGGUUCUGGGAACGCUGGAGUCGGUGAAGAUCUACUGGUCCACGGAUCAUGAGGAUGUGCUGGAUGUUCGGGGAGUGUUCCAGGAGAUUGGAGUCGAGUACAAGGAGCGGGAUGCGAUCGGAGUUAGAGUGAAGGCGUUGGCACCGGGUAGGGCCGGUUUGUACGUGACGUUGGUGACGGCUGCAGGGGUGAAAUUGACCGCGAAGACGGAAGUUACGGUGUUCCGGGUGUUGGAGCUGGAGUCCCCGAAGGUAAUUCGACAUGAUUCGAUCCUGGUCCCACCGAGAUCCAACGUGCAGUUGAAGGCAAAUUUAGACGACGCCGUUUAUCAACUGGAAGAAGGAAGCAGCUCGGUGGUGAAGGUUUCCAAGGAGGGUCUGGUGAAGAGUGGCGAUGCAGUUGGACGAGUUCAGAUCGUGGCCUCGUCGUUCGAUCAAUCGUUGACCAUUCCGGUAGAGGUUAAGAACGUCCACUACAUUUUGACGUCGUUGGAAGCUUCGAACAUAAAGCUGCGCCAACCGGAGAGUGUCAUCCCGCAGGGGUUGAGCCUGAGACUGAAGGUAUCUCUGCAUGAUAAUCUGGGAAAUGAGUUCUCCCACGGAAUAGAGGAAGUUACGACUUUGAAACAUAAGCUUUCGAAACGAGGAAACGUGCUGAUAACAACGGGAACGAACAAUUCCGUCGCUUUGCAGCUGAUUCGGGAGACGUCGGAUAUGCUGCUAAUCUCUCUGAAAGACACAACCGGUGUAAAACAUGGAGAAGACUACCUGAAGUUGGUGGUCGGAGAAACGACGGCGAUCUUCCCGGAGAAGACGGUGUUUUCGGUGGGUGACAUCGUUUGUUUUGAAUCUCCCCUGCUGGGAUCGGCUGCGGAUUGGUCCAGCUCGGACGAAGGGUUGGUACGCAUUGACUCGGCUACCGGUGUAGCCAAGAUCGUUUCUUCACGAAAGGGAAUCGUUGGAGGCGAAGAGAAGGUCUUCAUCAGCCAUGGCGAACAUCGCUCUGAAGGGUUGCGGUUUGGAAUUGACGUAUUGGAAGCUGACCAGAUUGAAUUUUUCAAAUCCUACGACGUGUUCAAUGGACAGAAGUAUCGGGGACAUUUGGUGAUCAAGAACCACCUGCAGAUCGAUAAGUUUGUCAACGUAAUCGCUCAGAACGUUUCUAUUUGCACGGAAAGCAUUGAACGAUCGUUCUCUAGUUUGUUUAGUUGUAAACUGACCUCGAAGCAGAAUCCUUCUUCCGGAAUUCUGAAACAUUUCAAGACCGUGGCUAGCUUCGACCCUACCAUCGGGGCGUACACCUGUGACAUCGACCUGAUAACGUCCAUUGAGGAAGUUACCAACUUGAUCAAAACUAACGAACUGAACAUUGAGUUGGAAGCUCGUCUACUCGGCAGUGGCUUGUCGGAUACGUCCACACUGAAGAUCGUUCCGGCAGUUAUCGUCGACCCGGAGGCCAUUUCCAUCGAGCAGGUCGGAAAACAGAUUGUCACGGUGAAUGGUAUGGAUAAAGUAUUGCAAAAGAUUGAAGUGUCCUCCUCGAAUCCAUCGCUAUUGGAAGUGUCUAUGGUUCAGAAAGGGCCGGGAUCCAUUCAAUAUAAGCUGCGUCUGCUCGGAUCGUACUCACUGGAGUCCAGCGAGGAUCUGUACGUGAACGUGAACUCACCACUGACGCUGCAGAAGCUGAAGGUUCCGAUCCAAUCCCCGCUUGUGAUGCGGAAAUGUGCCAGUCAACCGUUGUACAACGUGCCAAACAUGUUCCUUAACUAUGUCAGCAACUUUGGACUGCUGAUAUCGGCCAUCAUUGUUCUGGCUGCCACCGUUUGGGUAUUUGUGUUCUGCUUUCCGCAGCGCCAGAAAACGGUCGAUCCCAAUGCAACGUUGCUAUUUUCACCGUUCAAGAACGAGAACAAUCUAUCCGGAUACAGCAACGGCGGGAGGUUGAAUGCCAAUCCGUUUGCCAGUCCACAACAGCGCGGGAUGGGCAAUCAGACGCAUGCGGCGUCUCCCGCGUCAUUGUAUGUCGGUCCAGCUAAUCUAAGUCACAGCACAACACCACUGUCGCCUUCGGAUUUCAACAGCAGUGCCAGCGGCAGCUCUUCGGGAUCACCGAUCUACGGUGACAGUACUCUGAUGUCCCCGCAGAAGCGAAUCCAUCGGCGUCAGCUGUAAAAGGGCGUCCAUCCCGAAGGCGACGGCAACGACUGGAAGUAAGUUCAGGGAAAAUUGAUCGCUUCCUUCCGCGUGCGGGUAAGGUUUUGUACGAUGAGAAUGAUGUGUGAGCGAGAUACAGAAAGACUUGCUUGACGGAUGUGUGGAUGUGCGCUUGAGCUUCUGUUUUAGAGAUAAAUGAACAAUAUUAAUAUGUAUUUCCUAUUCUUAUGAUCGAAAUAGUCGCAAUCGAAAGGUAUGAGUGAAAACAAUGAAUGAAUUAACUGCAUAGUUGUUAAGGUCGUAAUCAGAAUUAGAGGUUGGUUGGAGAAUGUAGGAUAAGUUUCUUCCAAGGUCACUACACAAGACACAUCAGGGAAAAGAGAGAAGAGAAGUCGAUUGAUAUUACCGAAAGAGCUAAAAUAACAUCCGGAAGCUGCCAAGCAGUACUUAUCAGCUUUUCGCUGACGAUUUUUAAGUCAAAUCUACUGACGGUUGGGCUUAUCUUUUGUAAUGUUGAUGGAAAUUCCACAUACUCAUAAACUCGAAAAUCGUAGGUAUUUGACUGUAAUCAAUUUCCAGUGUUAAGUCCUUCUGAAAACUUAGUCUAGGUCUCUGAAACAUUUUAAAAGAAGUCGAUAGUUGCUCUAUUCAUUAAUAAUUUCUUUGAUCUGGAAACAAUCCAUUGACAAAUAAAAUGUUAAAAUUAAAACCGCAUUGUUAUUCCUAAGUACUUUAAGCAAGGAUCUCCGGAUAGCGACUAAGUUGGUAAGCCAGCAAAGCAAAGGGCCAACGUUCCAGUUUGCAUUCAAAUUAGUUUCAUUUCAUUACGCUUCGUCCUGGGCGGUGGGAACGGAAGCGCUGCGGCGUAGCUCCGUGUAUGCAAAUUAUACACUCUUUACUUAAUUCAUUUUUUUCCCUCAUCCUGCUGGAGGCCGCUGUGCACUGGAAUCCCCCCCCCCCCCCCAACUCCGGGCAUCGUUUUCCAUUGUUUCCAUCGCUCUUCAAAUUCUUUUAUGGCAGCUUGCCGGAAAUGGCUCCAAGAAAGCUUUCCCUUGUUUUCCGGGUUUUGUUCCUAGCUGCUGCUGAGAUGCAAGUUUUGGUUUUACGACCGCAAGCCAAUUGGUCGGUCUGUCUCAUCAAUCUUUUAUAUUUUUCAGUUUGUUAGUUUCCAUCUUGACGUUCGUCGGCUUUGUCAGUCAGAGGAAGGGCCCGGAAUAAAAUUGUAGGGCAGAUUUAAUGGAGAUUACGCGCUCCGAAGGAGCAGAGAUAAGUUUUCAGCAAAUUGAGUUUUUCCUUCGUGUGUUUGUCUUAGUUAGUUUAUUUUCCUAAAAACGAAUGUGUUCUUAUUUUCCUAUUUAACUUUAGAAUAUGAAAAUCUAUCGCGUAAGGUAACAGAACGAACUGUUUGUAAAUAAAAAAGAAACUAGAUAAAACAUGAA